AAUUUAUUAUAUCAUUUAAGCAUAAUCAAAAGACGUUAAAUUUCUCUCUUUUUACAAAGGUGCCUUAUGAAUCGAAUACGGUUUGCUAUUAUUAUUACACAGUGGCAUCUGUUGGUGCAAGCUUUUUGAUGGCAAAGCCUGUGGUAAUGAGAGCCGAGAAUCCCAUAGCUCCUGAUCUGUCCUCCGACCGUUCCGUCUUCCGCGGUGGCUCCUCCUCCUCACCUAUCCGCCGUCGUGAUCUCGUCUUCGUCGUCAACCCCAGAGGUGCUAAUGGGAGAACCGGUAAAGAGUGGAAGAAAAUGCUCCCAUAUCUCCAAUCUCGCCUCGGUAGUGAUUGUAACAUAUGCGAAUCUUUGACUUCGGGUCCUUCACAUGCAAUUGACAUAACUAGGGAGGCUAUAAGGGAGGGUGCUGAUGCUGUGAUUGCAGUUGGAGGUGAUGGAACUCUUCAUGAGGUAGUUAACGGGUUCUUUUGGGAUGGGAAACCUGUUGCUAAUCAGAAUAAAGAGGCUGCUCGUUCAACUGCUCUUGGACUCAUUCCCUUGGGGACUGGGGCAGAUUUCGCCUGAACAUUGGGAUGGAAAAAUGAUCCUUGUGAAGCCAUAGAACACAUUGCUAGAGGGGUGAGAUCACGAAUCGAUGUUGGUGUCAUUAGCAGAGAAGGGGAAGGAUCUCAUUAUUUCAUAAAUGUUGCUGAUAUCCAUCUGAGUGCAAAGGCCGGUUAUUAUGCUUCAAUCUACAAGAAAUUUGGAAACUUGUGCUAUGUUAUUGGUGCUUUGCAAGCCUUUAUUGGGCACCGUAACCAGGACCUCAGAAUCAAGGUGAACGAGGGUGAGUGGCAAACAUAUUCUCAAGUGACAACCCUCUGUAUUGGAAAUGCAAAGUACUUUGGCGGUGGCAUGAAAAUUACACCAAAUGCUGAUCUUUGCAGUGGAAGUUUUGAGGCUGUCAUUCUUCAGGGCUUCAAGUGGUAUGACUUCAUUCUAAAACUGCACAAGCUAUACAAGGGGACACAUUUGUCAUUGAAAAAUGUGACCUCAAGAAAUGUAUAUACAAUCGAAGUAGAUGACGUUUCAAGCAGUGGCAGCAUUUUCAUUCAGUCUGAUGGGGAACAUUUAGGAUUUCUUCCAAGGAAGUUGUCUAUUCUACCUGCUGCUAUUGAGAUGAUAUGCUGACAUGAACCCUGGAAAAACUGCUUUU